AUGGAAGAUCAAUAUCAUCCCAUGUUCGGCCUCCCGGAAACUACUAGAAACAUCGGGCUACCACGGAUAAAAGCACUCUAUCUCCACCCCGUCAAGUCUUGCGGACCCAUUGAGGUCGAUUGUGCUGUACUCACCAAGACUGGAUUCCUCUUUGAUCGAUGUUUCGCAUUCGCAACGGGCCCCCUUGACGACGGUCCCGACUUGACCGAGAAAUGGCGGUUUAUCAGUCAGCGCACUAAGCCUGCCAUGUCCAUGAUUGAGACUGAAAUAUGGCUUCCUACCGUGGGUGAUCAUGUUGGCUAUCUGGUCAUGUUGUUUCCAAACCCGGAAAACCCUUCUUGGGCCGAUAGACUUGAGACGCUUUUUCGCACUUGGGAUCUAUCCGCCAUUCCCAAAGUAUCACUCUUCGUACCCCUCGAUGUUAUAGCUGAAAGCUUCGACGGCUACGUAACGAAGCCGAAGGCCUUCACUAUUCAUUCUCGUGAAGCCAUGGGCCUCGAUAUGGGGGAGCUUCCUUCUGUCGCAACAGCCAUUCCCACGCUGAAAAAGUUCUUAAAAAUCCCUCAUAACCAAGGCCUGUCGCUUUUCAGGUGUACUGAAGAUACCCUAGUCCGCACUGAUAAAAACCUCGCACCGCUCGAACACAUCGGCACACCGGCCGUCCAUGGAUACACAGAUCAGCAACCUAUCAACAUAAACAGUCUAUCCUCCGUUCAAGCCGUGUCCGAACUCCUCCCCGCCGAAAACCAACCCUUGAAUGCACUUCGUUUUCGGGCAAAUAUUUGGAUUGAGAAUUCCGCCGCUUACGAUGAAGAGACGUGGAAACGCUAUGCCAUCUUGCCAAAGGAUCCUCGUGACAUGUCAAAAGCCCCGGCAGUCCCAACUCUCUCUGUUGUAUGCCGGACUUCGCGAUGCACAAUGCCCAACGUUGACCCGGAGAAGGGAGUCUUUGAUACGGAUAACGCGCCUCCGGAUAGGAAGAAAGGAAAGCCACAACCAAGCACAACCUUGGUACAGCACCGUACCGUUGAAGAUGGGAACAAACAGGCGCUCGGAUACCUCGGCAUGCAUUGCGUUCCAGAGGAUUGGUGUUUGAAAAUGGCCAAUGAUGGUGGUCAAGGCUUGUGUGUUCGGGUCGGUGAUGAGAUCGAGGUUCUUGAACGGGGGAUACAUCUAUAUGGAUCCACUGGUGGUGAUUACUAG